AUGCCCUUUUUUAAUAAAUGUUUUCAAAAUGUCUUUGCAAAGGAUUCCGAACCCGCCAAACCCAAGGUUCGGUUUUUACUUCCAGGGGAGUCAUCAGGCUCACCAAUCUUAGAACCCAGCUCAGUCUAUAGGGACUCCAGGUAUCUAAGAAAAGCUGGAACUGAAACUUAUGGCGAGAUUUUUCAGAAUAAGCUGGAUUACACAGAGCCAUCAACCGGAAUACCAUUAAUUAGAAGGCGCGCUUUAGAAGCUGAGAAUGCAAAGCAACCACCAAAGAACAGCCCUCCGCAUUUCUCUCCACCAAAGUCGAUCUUUGUACGCAUUGCGGAGGAUCCACGUGUUUUUCCCGAUGAUUUUAUGGAUAUGCUGGAUGGCACAGAAGUAUCAGUUGCGUCAGAAUCAGUUGUUUUGCAAAAUGCAGAGUCAAGUUUGAUCUAUGAUAAACUUAGAGGUCCAGUAAAUAUUGGAAUUGAUUUUUCCUCCGAGAGUCGCCAGACAAGGAGGGAGGAUAUAAUUACGGAAUCUGACACAGUAACAAUCCUGAGGAGUGCUUCCCAAGUAGAGGAGGCAUCCAAUAACAGCUUCACCUCGCCCUAUGACAGUCCAAGCCAACUUCAAUUUCAUGUUGCUAAUGAAACCACAGAUGGAAACGCGGAUGUACCAUGUACAUCUGCCUUAUCAGAAUUUGAGUCUAGCUCGGUGUAUGAUGAUGAAAUCAUUCCGAGAGAGGCUCCAUAUCAUGUUGCUAUUAAAACCACAGAUGGAAACGCGGAUGUACCAUGUACAUCUGCCUUAUCAGAAUUUGAGUCUAGCUCGGUGUAUGAUGAUGAAAUCAUUCCGAGAGAGGCUCCAUAUCAUGUUGCUAUUAAAACCACAGAUGGAAACGCGGAUGUACCAUGUACAUCUGCCUUAUCAGAAUUUGAGUCUAGCUCGGUGUAUGAUGAUGAAAUCAUUCCGAGAGAGGCUCCAUAUCAUGUUGCUAUUAAAACCACAGAUGGAAACGCGGAUGUACCAUGUACAUCUGCCUUAUCAGAAUUUGAGUCUAGCUCGGUGUAUGAUGAUGAAAUCAUUCCGAGAGAGGCUCCAUAUCAUGUUGCUAUUAAAACCACAGAUGGAAACGCGGAUGUACCAUGUACAUCUGCCUUAUCAGAAUUUGAGUCUAGCUCGGUGUAUGAUGAUGAAAUCAUUCCGAGAGAGGCUCCAUAUCAUGUUGCUAUUAAAACCACAGAUGGAAACGCGGAUGUACCAUGUACAUCUGCCUUAUCAGAAUUUGAGUCUAGCUCGGUGUAUGAUGAUGAAAUCAUUCCGAGAGAGGCUCCAUAUCAUGUUGCUAUUAAAACCACAGAUGGAAACGCGGAUGUACCAUGUACAUCUGCCUUAUCAGAAUUUGAGUCUAGCUCGGUGUAUGAUGAUGAAAUCAUUCCGAGAGAGGCUCCAUAUCAUGUUGCUAUUAAAACCACAGAUGGAAACGCGGAUGUACCAUGUACAUCUGCCUUAUCAGAAUUUGAGUCUAGCUCGGUGUAUGAUGAUGAAAUCAUUCCGAGAGAGGCUCCAUAUCAUGUUGCUAUUGAAACCACAGAUGGAAACACGGAUGUACCGUAUACAUCUUUUAUACCAGAAUUAGAGUCUAGCUCGCCCUAUGACGUUCCAAGCGCAUUUCCAUUUCAUGUUGCUAUUGAAACCAUAGAUGGAAACGCGGAUAUACCGUAUACAUCUGUCUUACUGGUAUCAGCCCCCUUGUCAGAUGCUGUGAGCUCAGUUGAAAGAACCAAUUGGAAUAACCAAAACUCAGAGGACUGCGAUUUUGUUUCUGUGGAUAUUAGGAUUCCAGAGGAAAACGAUUCCUGUAUGAAUCAAUUAAAGGAGCCUAAAAAGAGUAGGAUACCACUGUUCAAAUUGUUUGCACGGCUCAAGAAGAGCAGAAAGACUCUGUUUAAACCGUUUUCAUGGUUCAAGAAGAGCAAAACGACUCUGUUCAAACCGUUUGCAUGGCUAAAGAAACGGGCAGAAAAGAAGGAGUUAAUAGAAAAAGUUGUUUUGGCUGAAAGUGAUGAUCAACAACAACAACAACAACAACAACUGCUGCUAAAAGAACAACAACAACAACAACAACAACAACAACAACAACAACUGCUGCUAAAAGAACUACAACAACAACAACAACAGCUACAACAACAACUACAACAACAACUACAACAACAACAACAACUAUUACAACAACAACAACAACAACAACAACUAUUACAACAACAACUACUAUUACAACAACAACAACAACAACUAUUACAACAACAACAACAACAACAACAACUACAACAACAACAACAACAACUACAACAACAACAACAACAGCUACAACAACUAUUACAACAACAACAACAACAACAACUAUUACAACAACAACUACAACAACAACAACAACAACUACUACUACUAUUACAACAACAACAACCGUCGCUACCUCAACCAUUUGAACUAGUGUGA